AUGUCAUAUCUGCAGAAAAGGUUUUACCUUUUUAAUUGUGACAACACUUACAAUUUAGAAAUAGUAGAGAAGUUUUUGCUUGAAGUAGAGGAGAAAUAUGGCUUCAAAUUCUCCGUUGAUCGUCGUUAUUUUGGCCUGCCACGAAUGGCUGAGGAGUGCGACAGGAUUAUACCUACACUGGAUAUGGACGUCGCUGUCUUUGUUGUUCACGCAAACGAAUCUCGUCUCUCUAUCAACGAAGACAACGCUGGGAUUGGUUACGCGAGAAUCUAUCGAACUUUGCUUAAAAAUACAGGUGGGUUUCAGCCAGCACUUAAUGGCUCGCUUUCCACUGCAUAAUUUGGUUAAACUCAGUUUUAGAAACAAACACUGGUGAUUGGUAAUAUACUUAGCUUGCCUUCCAUUGAUUCGGUUAAAGUCAGCUUUAAAAACGCACGCACAUGGUUGGUAAUUUUACUAAUACAUAUUCAGUUUAAAACGUAAGACACGGCAAUAUAAAACUUGUUGGACGGAUGCUUUAAUGAUUCACGCACAGAAUGUGAUGUUGAUACAACUGCAGAAGAAACCGGAAGUCCCAAGACCCCUUCUUUUUAUUCCAAUAAUCUAUACUGUGAAGGCUUAAUUAGUUAAUAAAACGCUUAUAAAAUAAGAUAUGGUUAGGAUGGAAAAUAGUUAAUCGAUUAGGAAGGAAAAGACGUACAGUAAACACUCCUGAAGCACUUUCGAUUCAGUCAAGCGCAUAUGACACAGGCACCAAUCUCGACAAAAAUGGAAAUCGUUUCCUAGAAAGAUUAAUUGUAUGUAAGAUAGUCAGGAAAUAAUACGGGAAGCAUUUCUUUUCAUCAUCAAAAGUACAAGUAAAGGCAAAGAUUAAGUACUCUAUCUGAUAGACUCGAACUUUCAAUUGAUAAUGUUCCGAUUGAACAAGUUCCAUCUGUGAAAUCACUUGGAAUGCACAUCGAUGAAAAUUUAACGUGGCAUUCCUACGUUGAUAAACUGUGUAAAAAGAUCGCUUCUGCAAUUGGAGCCAUAAAGCGAGUUAAGCCAUUUGUGCCUCAAUCCACCCUACUCAAUAUAUUCAACUCACUAGUUCAAUCUCACUUUGAUUACUGAAGCCUAGUCUGGGGUAAUUGUGGCAAAACAUUAUCUAACAAGCUACAAAAACUGCAAAAGCGCCUUGCACGAGUAAUAACUUCAUCAAACUUUGACGUAGAUGUCGAUUCCUUGUUUCACAAACUCAGCUGGAAAGACUUGAAAUCUCAACGUCAAAUUCAGAACGCCUUAAUGGUUUUCAAGUCUUUAAACAGGCUGGUUCCCGAAUAUCUCACGUCUAAAUUUAUAAAGCGAGUUGAAUCAAACUAUUCUCUGAUGGACUCGGUAAACAAACUUGUUGUCUCCUUUCCAAGAACUGACUACAGGAAAAUAGUUUUAGUCAAAGCGGCGCCGCGCCGUUGCGGCAACCCUUUGGAACAGCUCGCAAUGUAACAUUAGAGAGUCUGGUUCAUUAAAUCAAUUCAAACGCCUUCUCUAUCAUAAUUUUUAAACAUGGCAUUCAUGGAAAUCAGGUUUUUUAUGUGGAAUAUUUUUGUAAGUUAAUAUAAUGCUAGGAUUAGGAUUUUCAGGUUUGAGGAUCUUAGUGAUUGUGUUAUUGUAUAAAUAACGAUUAAAGAUUAAAGAUCAAAGUCCAAGAUGGAAAUUUUUUCUGUAAAGAUUUAACUUGGCUGGCCACUUGCCUACCGAAAUCGAAAACGUUUCCACGAAAGAUUUCGCAGCACUGACGGGUCUCCAUUCUUCAUUCUGUUUUUGUUUUAGAUGAUAACGUGCUGAUCGUGAUAGGCGGAGACAGUUAUUACAGAGAUGAAAAUGAAGAAGCGCGGUCUGUCAUCUCACGCUGGGCGAGAAGGAAGGUGGCUUCUCAGUUCUGUGAGGAGUAUCUGGAUGGAAGGCAAAGCUUUAUCUUCUCUUGGGAUGAAAAACACCGAAUGAUUCACGAGGAAGCAAUGCGGCAUUUCCUUGAUCCUGGCAAAAGAGGAUCCAAGUUUGAAUACACACCUCCCAUGGCCUUGCAGAAGCCCAUACCGCCUGUGAUACCUCAGCGGCCCAUGUCGAUGCCCAAAACACCUGUGGCCACCUUUGCUGGCAGAAAUGUGAGGCAAGAGGUAAGAGCUAUAGUGCCCCGCCUUUAUUCUCGUUCAAAUUACGGAAACAAUCCUAGUUGUCGGCCCUGGGCUUAUACAAUCUCGUAAGGAGUAUUGAGUGGGCUUAGAACAAAAGGAGGCUUACAGGCGGAAUAAAAAGGUCUCGGAGAUGAAGGAUGGAAGGGCUUAUGAAAGGGAUACUCAUGCUAGAAUUCCUUUAUGGUCACCUCUCACGUUUUAAGUCCUUAACGGAAGCCUAACUGGGAUAUAUCCAGUUUCCUGAGAUAAUUCGAAGGCACACCCUCUUCCGACACCAACAGCCCCAACCGCAUCAUGGAACGAGAUACUCUUUCGAUAGCCAAUCAGCUCUAAUAAAAUGAAAAAUGGAAGUUAGCAUGAGCUUUAAAAAUAGUAAUGGGUAAGUGAGCAUUUUCCAAAAAGAACCACUGAUAAUGAUAACGCCGAUCUUUCCGGCCUUCCUCUUGUCCUUCUUUUCUGGCCUGCUCAACCCUUCCCUGGUCGGCCUGAGUGUAAAUUUAUCUGAUUUAGUUUGUAAAGAUUUCACCAAAAAACUUUAACUAAAAUUAAAUAUUACUUUUAACUUAUGUUGUUUUUCCAUCCUUCGCAUAGUCGUCUUUGGUGGAAAGUGACACUAAAAUCCUUAUCCAACACAACGAAGAAGAUACUUACGGAGGUGAAAGCCCUUCUCUUGUUAUAAUUAAUUUAUUGAGGGAAAUAAGUUUGGCUAAAGACCUUUGAACCUCGUAUGAUGUGCCCGUGUCAAUGUAUGCAGUAACGUUAUGGUUAUUGGUACAGUGCUGAGUGAGUAGUAAGAAGCCUCGCACUUUUAAUUGUGUGCCUUUGACCUUUCUCGCAUAAAGGAACAUAAAACCUUUAAAUUUUAUUUCCAGCAAUAUUAAUGAAACCAAAGAAGGCUAUUCAAAAUCGGUCCUUAAACAACUGCAACUUGGACUGCAACUUGAAAAAAAAAAGAUGCUAAGUAAUUUUAAUCUAUCUGCACAAAGAGGAAGGGCCGGCCCCUGUGAAAGAAUGACGUCCAUGACUGGGAUAAUCGCAGAUAUCGUUAUUCAGCGUUAGAAGGCUAUCAGUUGCACUGUUUUAUUAGCAGAUUAUUCAUAAUUGGAUCGACAAAAUCAGGUCUCUUGCAUUCCAGCUCGUCCUUUGGACAAGGUGCUCUGUUACAUAUUGCUUACCCAAGGCUACUCCUUGCUCCUCUUAGUUAAUGAUUUUAUUAGAGGAUGACUUUCCUGGAACCUUGACCAUUGGGCAAGUAAGUUUUUAAAGUUAAUUGCCCAUUAAGACAAUCCACUUGUCCCAGACUACCGGACGGGACUUUUUUCGAGCCCUGGUAAUGUAGUGACCAAAAGAUAAAUCCUUAAAUGUGUGUGCUUUUUAUAUUUUUAGCGAUAAGUUUGGUUAUAAGUGAGAGAUCAGCUGGUGUCGAGGUAGAAACCGUUUUUCUGGAAACAAAAGUACGUUAUGGAGAAAUUUCUUACAACGAUGAGGACGUCUUGCAGCGCAAAGAUGGGUGGCGACCCUCAGAGAGA